GUAACAUUUUGUUGCUUUCACGUUCAACGGCCGUUUGAAACUUUUUCACGACAAAACAAACACACUGUUAGGAGUUAGGAACAGAGAGACUCAGGGUUGUUUGGUUGGAUAGGAAUAGCGUUGUUUUUAAUAUUCUGAUAUAGUUUUUGAAGAGGCGGAAUGACGUCGUUUAGGGUUUCUGCAACUUUGGUUUGUGAUGGACUGAUGAUUAAUCUUAAAGUUGGUGAAGUGGGAGAAGAAGCAUGGGGAGCAGCCUUGUGUGAUGUAGAGGAAAGAGUCACCGAAAUAGCAUCAAUAACACAAGGGCAUAGCUGGUCUCACUCUAAUUUCUCAUCUUCUUGCUCUCAACAAAAUUCCCAAAGACAGCAGUUCUACUUUAGGGAUCUUCUGCAAGAGUCUGCAAGAGGAACCAAAACAGGGUUUAUUCUGUCGACUUUGUGUACUGUCAACAAGGUCGUAAUGCGCGGCAUUUAUUUGUCUAUUGGCCGAAAUAAUAGAAGAAAUAGGGAAAUCAAGAGACAAUUUUGGCUUUAGAAGAAGAGAGCAGUGUUGCUAAUUAUUCCCUGCUUUAUGGUGAAGAAAGUGAAGGAUUUCAAUUCGAUGCAAUGUAUUUGGCAUUUGCCGUUAAAGAGAAAGAAAACGAAAGCGUACAAGAGAAAAGAGAGGUGGCCCCAGUGGUUCUUUGACGGUGGCGUGUCGUAUAUAACAUCUCACAAUAUGUUAGCCUAUGCCUAUCCGUGAACGGCUAUAUAUCAAAAACUUGAAUUAUUCUUCACGAUGAGAGCCUCGCCUGCUCAAUAAAACAAAACUUGUAAACAAGCACGACCUGUCUUGAUACCUUCUUAAAUAAAAGCUAACAUGUGUCGUUAUCAAGAUCUAUUCCAUCAUAGUGACCAUAUCACACUCGAUAUGCUUAGCUUUGUAUAAAUGUUUCUCCUUUUGUUUGUGUUCUUCUUAAA